AUGUACGAAAUCAACAAGAUUCGUAGAAAAGAGUAUCCCAGCCUCAACAAAACAUGCUAUCUUGACUACGGCGGUGCAACACCAUAUGCCAAAUCACUCAUCGAUGUUUCAGCAAAGCUGUGGAAAACAGAUCUCUUUGGUAAUCCACACUCGAAAUCUGCCUCUUCCUUGCGCGCCACGGAAUACGUGAAUAAGGCCCGACGGCGUGUGCUUGAAUUCUUCCAUGCAGACCCCGAUGAUUUCGAUGUCGUGUUCGUCGCCAAUGCUACAGCAGCAAUAAAAUUGGUUGGCUACUGCUUUCAAGAAAGGGGGUUCUGGUAUGGAUAUCACACCGAUGCUCAUACAAGUCUUGUCGGUGUUCGAGAACUGGCCGAUAAAGGAUACCACUGCUUCUCUUCGGAUAAGGAAUUGAAUCAAUGGAUCGAAUCCUCCAAGGGUGAAGCCGAUGAGACCUAUCUUCCCGUUGACUUCGACGGCCGGGUCAUAGACAACGGAUUAAACAAGCUGAUUGGAUAUCCGGCUCAAUCUAAUAUGAACGGUCAUCGUACACCAAAGCACUGGGCACAGCGCAUGCGUCAAAAAAGCUAUACGACCGCUGGACGUCUAUACACUCUGCUGGAUGCUGCCGCCUAUUGCUCUUCGGCGCAACUUGAUUUAUCCGACCCAGAUGCUGCACCUGACUUCAUUAGUGUUAGUUUCUACAAGAUUUUUGGUAUGCCAGACCUGGGAGCUCUGAUAGUGCGUAGAAAAUCAAGCGAAAUUUUAACGUCCCGCCAGUACUUUGGUGGCGGCACGGUUGAUAUGGUCACAGCAUUCGGUCAGUUUCAUGCUAAAAAGUCUGAUCAUAUUCAUGAGGCUCUAGAGGAUGGUACCUUACCGUUCCACAAUCUUUUGAUGCUCAACACAGGUAUUGUAAUACAUCGACGACUAUUCCAUUCAAUGGAGGAAAUAUCGAAGCAUGCAUCUCAACUUGCGUUCCAACUUUACACAGACUUAUCGCGGCUACAACAUGCAAAUGGCCGAAUGGUAUGCGAGAUCUACAAGGACGCGAGUAGCAAAUACGGAGACAGUGAAACACAAGGCCCAACUGUUGCAUUCACGAUUCGCAAGUCAAAUGGCGCAUGGGUGCACUAUGAUCAUGUGGAAGCUCUUGCCAGCGCGUGCAACAUCCAGAUCCGUGCCGGUGGUGUGUGUAACCCCGGCGGCAUCGCGGAACAUCUGGAACUGGCUUCUUGGGAAUUGAGACGCAACUACAGUGAGGGCUAUCGUUGUGGUGAGCCUUUCAAGGUCCGCGGGGGAAAGCCAUCAGGUAUCGUCAGAGCAAGUCUGGGCGCUAUGUCCAAUAAACGUGACAUUGAAAACCUUGUCGCUUUCGUGAAGUACUUCUUUAUAAGCAAUGAUCAUCAAGAAGGUAGUCACGACAUCACUCCAGAAACUUCUGAGAAGGGUCAACGCCAGUGGUCGGUUAGGAAAAUGCAAAUCUUCCCAAUACGGCACUGCCCUUCAUGUAUUGUGCCCAUUUCAUCUGCAUGGGAGAUAGACCAUUCUCGGUUGGCAUUGGAUAAUGGGUGGUGUCUCGUGAAUCUGGAAACCGAUGAAGUCCUCAGAGAUGGUAGGAUAGCAAGCGAUCUUAUGGUUCGGAUAGACAUCGAAUUAGGUCGACUACGUCUAGAAACGCCGUCGAAUCCACUGUCUACUUUUGAACUCGAUCUAUGGGAAUUACCUAUGGGAAAGUGGGUUACAGACUCUCUAGAGCAAACUCCACAUGGGACGUAUAGGUUGGCUCGAAGCUUUGUGUCGAAAGAUCUUGAGGAGUUUCUUACCCUAGCUCUCGGGCAGCCAAUGACGCUCGCUCGGUUCUAUGAGAUAAAUGGAGAACUCCCCGUUGAUCUCUGCGUCGAAAAACUCGAUGUUCUUUCAUCUUCCGAAGGAAUAAUCAUUCAGUUCUCGGGUGACGUCCCGCACAGAAAGGUACACAUUCUGUUGGAACCCACAUCAAAUCUGACCUCGAAAGCUUCACCACCGCAAAGGCUUCGAUUUGGCAAUCAGCGUCUCUUCCGUUUGCCUUGGACUGGGGAAGACAGUGACACGGCCCGAUAUUGCCGUGUCCCGGAUGUGGUUGAAGACAUACCGGCCCAAAAUACAGCAAUUAAUCCCACUGACUUGGUUAUGGAGUCUCGUGUUCACCCGCAUCUCCCGCUGAAACAUACAACUGCAUACUUUGACUUCCGCAAGAAUGACCUGGUGAUGGUUCGUGACGAAGGCUGCGGUUCAGAAGUUAUUUUCCGACAGCAUACAGUAGCCGUCAUGCCGGACGACAAGUUCAUAUUCGUAAAUGCUCCGACGAUCAUUAACGCCGGUCCGCGAGAUGCUCGGCGGCAGUUGCGCUCUCAGUUGAUGCGUCGGGUUUACCUGAAGAAGUACAAGGUUUCUCCAUCAACAGUUGAAGAUGAUGGCGUUAGCGUGGCCGAGAGAGACUCGUCCAGUAGCCCGGAACAAUGUCAUUGUUCGUUUCCUUCAGUAAGUUCCAGAAUGAGCCCACCAGACGACACCCAGCACGAAAGAAGCAAGGCAGGAAAGAAAACGAGAAACGGAAAAUCCAGAAUCCCUUCUCAAUCCAAAUUGCCCACUCCGCCUAUAGACGACGAUGAAGUGGUGGAGGUGUGCGAGAGCUGUGGUGGUCUAUGUCAUAGUUUGAAACAAGGUCCACGCAACAGGCGUACAGAGCCGACGCCUAAAGAACACAUGCAAGGAGACAAACGAAUUAUGAAUGGCGACCCAAAGAUGACUCUUGGAGUCUCCAUAAUCAAUCCCUUCGAACAGAAGUUCUCCAAUCAGAAAGACUGCCCAAACAGUAAUGCGUUGAUACAACACUUCGCCCAAACUCUCAUUCCUACUCUGCGAAGUGGUCAGGCUUACAAUCAAAAAGUGUUCACCGAUUCAUCGGUGCAUUUGGACAAACUUAUGUUGUGGAACGGAGUGGAUUCGGAUCAUGGCCGUCGGGAACUGGAACAAUCACACUAUAGAUACAACGCCCUACGCGAGUUGCGCCGAGCCGUAGUAGGCCCUAAAAUCGGUACCCCGGAAUUUGAUGGUAUUCUUUUGAGCAUUUGCUUGCUCGCAGUCAGCGAUCCGAUGGGCGAACUUCCUCCGAGUAUCAACAAGAUGGACUACAAUCCUUUUCAUCAUGUCUUGCAACCGUUGGGAGGCUUGAAUAUCUAUGGCUACCAGCCUAUACACCCUGUACAUUGGAAAGGGUUGUUAACUCUGAUAGACCAGCAUGGCGGGKUUAAUCAGAUUCAGCUAUUUGGUGCGAAGUGGAAAAUUUCUUAUACGGCCUUGAAGUAUGCUUUACAUACCUCCACGAAACCAGUCUUCCCUAUCUGCGAUCAUCUAGGGACGUUAUUGAUUGAUCAAGAACCACUAAACAUUCUUGGACUAUCCCCUUCUGACUUGCCACCUCUUACUGGAACUGGAUUCUCGAACCUGGAAACCUUUUCAAUCCAUGAAUCAGUCCAACAAGUAUUUGUGGAAAUCAGUCAAGUGGCGCAAGGCAUGAACAUAUUGAUGCCUCAACACGAAAAUAGAGACUUGAAAGAUUGCAUGGCUGAUGCUCGAAACCUUGUUCAAUAUCGAUUUCAAAAUCUUCCUACCUUGACUAAUGAUCCUUCUCUUAUCGUGGACUUAUCAUUACUUGAGGGAAGCAAACAAUCAACCGCCUAUGCGAGGAGUAUCAUGGAGGCGGCCUCCACUGUUUACGGGAUGUGCUGGCUUGUUGCGUAUUUAUUCACGACUCACGUCACGUUUCCUGUCCCAUCUUCUCGUCGCUUUCGCCUGAAGACAGUCUACCAAAUUCGGGAUGCUAUCAGCAAUUGCGGGUAUGCUCUGCAACAUAAUACAUGGAUUCUGAAACUGCAGUUAUGGUCUGUUGUUAUUGCUGGCAUUGCUACCGAAGACAUCGACGCCGAGCUCCGACAAUGGAUGGCCCUCAAGGCUCGUGAUCUGUGUACAAAGCUGUGUCUGCAACGAUGGGACGAGGUAGUUGAUGUCAUGACCUCUUUUGCCUGGAUGGAGGUAGCCUGUACACGCGGAGCAAGGAAAUUUUGGGCGCAGGUGCAAAGUAACGAUGGCUGA